UUUCCUUUACCGCAGCCAAAAACUCCGCACACAAACAGCACUACGAAACAAACCAAAACUGAAAUGUCAGCUUUACAAGCUUCAUCUUUCUUCAUAUUCUCUUCUUCUUCCUCCUCCUCCUCUUCGAGGGGAACCAUCAAUGCCGCUAUCCAUGUCCCAAAGCUUCCAAAUGUCCGUUUCACAGUUCCAAAACAAUCAUCUUUAAAUUUAACAAGGCAGCUGGUUAUUGAGGAAUUGAAUAACUUAAAGCAAGGAUUUAAAACCCAAAACGACGAGUCCAAUGACCGUCAUGAAAACGCUACUACAUCUACAUCAACCAUUACAGCCCAGCUCUACUCCAUAUUAGAGGCCGUCAACGACAGAGUUGAAAUGCACGAUAACAUUGGCAAGCAGCGGGACAACUGGAACACCCUUCUUUUAAACUCCAUCAACAUGAUCACUCUAACCGCUACAACCAUCGCCGGAGUUGCGGCGGCGGCGGCUCCUGGAUCGACCCUUUUGGCUUUGAACGUUUCUUCAACUCUUUUGUUCUCCGCUGCUGCCGGAAUGUUGCUGGUGAUGAACAAGCUCCAGCCCUCUCAACUCGCCGAGGAACAACGUAACGCUUCCAGAUUGUUCAGACAAAUCAAGAGCCAGAUAGAGACUGACCUCGCUCUUCGUUCUCCGACCGAGUACGACAUUAAAAAGUACAUGGAUAAGGUCUUGUCUCUGGAUAGAGCUUACCCACUUCCCUUGCUUGGAGCCAUGCUUGAAAAGUUUCCUCAGAAGUACGAGCCAGCUACUUGGUGGCCUUCGAAAAGAUCCCAGAAGGGACAAAACGAAUUGUUUCAAGCGGGAAAGAAGAGCAAUAAUGGUUGGAAUGAGACCCUUGAGGAAGAAAUGAGAGAGGUUAUUCAAGUUGCGAAGACAAAAGAUAGAGAAGAUUACGAGAGAUUGGGAAACUUGGUUUUGAAAAUAAACAAAGCUUUGGCAUUAUCAGGGCCUUUGCUCACUGGCAUUGCCGCCGUUAGCUCUCCGUUUGUGGGACAUGGAUCGUGGGGAGGUGUUCUUGCAGUGACUGCGGGAGCUCUAGCUAGCGCCGUUAACGCAUUUCAGCAUGGUGGACAAGUAGGGAUGGUGUUCGAAAUGUACAGAAACUGUGGAGGUGCUUUCAAGCUUAUGGAAGAUGAGAUUAAGGCAACCAUUGCAGAAGAAGACUUUGAGAAAAGGGAAAAUGGGGAAUUGUUUCAAAUGAAAUUGGCUUUGCAAUUGGGAAGAAGCUUGUCGCAGUUGAAAGAGCUUUCUGCAAAUUCUGCUUCGUCUCGUGUUAAUGGAACUACCGUCGACGAAUUCGCCAGCAAACUUUUCUGAGCUGAUUAU